UCUCUCUCUCUCUCUCUCCUCCUUCUUCUUCCUCUUUCUCUCCCUAGCUUCAUGCUCGCUCGGAACAAAUUAUUCGGCUUCGGCGCAUCGAAGCCCUAGAUUCGUCCCCAUUCGUCGUUCCGAAUAUUUCUCUGCUGCUUUCAUCGUUUCAUUCAAACGAUUUCGUUCGCUCUUUGGCGCUGUUUCUGUGGCAGAUCCGUUGUUUUUCGAGCUUUCUUCUCGGUUUCUGAAUUCAUGGUUGGAAUGAUGAAUUUGUUGAGCAUUCUGAUCAUGUCUUGACAAGGAGAAGUCGGACCAAUCAUUAUAGAAGUUAAAUAUUCGAGCUUCCAAAGGCGAGCAGAGGAACGGUUAACAAACUGGAGAUGAAGAAAACUUCAUCCAGUUUAAAUAACCGGUCAGCUAGUAGGAAGCAUCAUAGGAAGAUAGAAAACCCGACGCGAAUGCCAACAGCUCCUGAGCAAUGUCCACAUUCUGGAAUCUCAUGUACAUGGGUAUGCAAAAAUUCUGCCUGUAGAGCUGUUUUGUCAGUAGGUGAUACAUUUUGCAGGAGGUGCUCUUGCUGUAUCUGUCACUUGUUUGAUGACAACAAGGACCCUAGUCUCUGGUUGGUUUGCUCUACUGAAUCUGAACAGGGAGAUUCCUGUGGAUUAUCUUGCCAUAUUGAGUGUGCAUUGCAACAUGGGAAGGUGGGGGUUGUUGAUCUUGGGCAACUAAUGCAGCUAGAUGGUAGUUACUGCUGUGCUUCUUGUGGCAAAGUUUCUGGGAUACUAGAAUGUUGGAAGAAACAACUAGCUAUAGCAAGAGAUGCACGUCGUGUUGAUGUUCUCUGUUAUAGGAUUUAUUUAAGUUACAGGCUCCUUGAAAGGACUUCAAGGUUUAAGGAACUGCACGAAAUUAUUCAAGAUGCAAAGGCCAAGCUAGAAGCAGAAGUGGGUCCAGUAAAUGGGAUUUCUGCCAAGAUGGCUCGUGGUAUUGUCUGCAGGCUCACUGUUGCUGGUGAUGUGCAUAAGCUUUGCUCACUCGCAAUUGAAAAAGCAGAUCAAUGGCUGGCUACAGUGUCCAAUCGUAAUCUGAAUUGCAGAGAAGAUUCACUUCCUGCUGCUUGCAAGUUUCUUUUUGAGGGUAUCGAGUCUUCUUAUAUUGUGAUAACUUUAGUUGAAAUUUCGAAUGAAUCAUCUGAAGAGACUAAAGGCUACAAGCUUUGGUACAGUAAGAGUAGAGAAGAAGCAUACACAAAAGAACCCAUAUGUAUGUUUCCUAGAGCUCAGAGAAGGAUUUUGAUUUCGAAUCUACAACCAUGCACUGAAUACACAUUCAGAAUUGUUUCAUAUUCAGAGAAUGGUGACGUUGGUCACUCUGAGGUCAAGUGUUUUACAAAGAGUGUUGAAAUAAUUCACAACAACUCCCGUUCUCCAGCCCCUUCAAAUCCCAGGAAAGAAAGUCCUAUUGAAGAAAGUAGUAUCCACAAGAGGGGUCCAGAUAGUACAACCAUUAUCUGUUCAUCUUCAGGAUUUCAAGUUCGACACCUUGGAAAGAUUCUGGAACUUGCUAAGGCUCAAGGAGAAGGUUGUCUUGAGAGGCUUUGCAGUGCUGAUGUGACAAAUUAUCGUGGAGUGCAGAACGCGGUCAAGCCCGAAACUCCGGAAGAAGAGCAGCUACCUCCUAUUUCUCGUGGACUUGAUUUAAAUGUGGUUUCUGUACCUGAUCUGAACGAAGAACUAACUCAUCCUCUCGAAUAUUCUAGGGAUGAAGUUAAUGGCUGCACGGUGCAGCAGGCUGUUGAGGCAGAUGGAGAUGCUGCUUCCCAUGACAUAGAGAAGAAUGGCAUGGCAAGAUCAAACGGUAGUGAUGAUUCUCAAGUCUGGACAUGUGAACCAAAUAGCGAGGUACCGGCUGUUGAUUCCCUCGCAGGGGGGUUGUGUAGGAAAAGGGCAGCUAGCGCAAUUGAAGAGACGAAUGAUUGUGACAGCACUUUGAUAAAUGAAUCGCCACUCCGAGUAGCCAAUGAUUCAUGUUUCUUGGACGAGAACUUCGAGUAUUGUGUAAAGAUAAUUCGAUGGCUGGAAUGUGAAGGUCACAUUAAACAAGACUUUAGAUUGAAACUUCUAACAUGGUUUAGUUUGAGAUCAUCAGAGCAAGAGCGUAGGGUAAUCAAUACAUUUAUCCAAACAUUGAUUGACGAACCUAGUAGCUUGGCAGGACAGUUAGUCGACUCCUUCUCCGACAUCAUAUCUUGCAAGAAGCCACGAAAUGGGUUCUGCAGUAAGCUUUGGCAUUAGAUUAGCAUUCACUCGUACUUAUAUCUCUGCUUCUCUCCUGUAAUUGGUCACAGGCAUUCUUUCUUGAUCACUAUGAUGAAGUGAUUCAUUUAUAUCUCGGACAAUGUCAUCCGGGUUUAAGAAAUUGGAUGCUGAUUGCAGAGACAUUACCCAAUUUUUCAGAGUAUGUGACAAAUUGGUACU